AUGAGGCGAGGGGGGCCCCUUCUCGCGCGGCGCGGCAGUUUGCUCGUAACGUCAGUUUGAGUUGGACGUGUGUUGUGGUUGUAUCAGUGAAUAACGUGUGAUUAACCGCGCGGAUUACGUGUUACCCUUGUGUUGUUUUUGUGAAUUCAGUGGUGUGUGUGGUGUGUUGUUUUACUGAUUGUGUUCCUGAUGAUGACCGCGUGUGCUUGACGUGGGGAUGUAUCCAAGCGCGGGCGCAAUGAACGCCGCUGCCGCCGCCGCUGCCGUGGCGGCCGCCAGGCAUCCGGGACCACCGCAACCGGGACAACCAAUCAAAUUCACGGUUGGUGAAUCAUGUGAUCGUAUUAAAGAAGAAUUCAACUUUUUGCAAGCACAAUAUCAUAACUUAAAAUUAGAAUGUGAAAAACUGGCUAGUGAAAAAAUCGAAAUACAAAGGCAUUAUGUUAUGUAUUAUGAAAUGUCGUAUGGCCUCAACGUGGAAAUGCACAAACAGACGGAGAUAGCAAAAAGGUUGAACGCGAUAAUCGCACAGAUACUGCCAUUCCUCUCUCAAGAACAUCAACAGCAGGUGGCGUCAGCGGUGGAGCGGGCGAAACAGGUCACUAUGACAGAACUUAACGCCAUUAUAGGGCAACAAAGACCAGAUUUACCCAGGUUACUACAACAGAUGCAUGCAGCACAAUUACCGGCGCAUGGUGCUCCUCCGCUACCCCUGCUGGGUCAGGGUGCCCUUCCACCAGCGGGCCUCUUAGGUCUAGGAGUGCCUCAUCAUCCCCUUUCAGUACUCGCGAAACCGCCCGACCUUCACAGACCAGAUGACAAAGGAAACGGCAUCAGCUCGGUAGAAGAGAGACAUAGAAAUUCAAUAUCACCUGGUGAAAGAGAAAAGUAUAGAACGAGGAGUCCAGCGGAGCCAGACCAUAAAAAACUUAAAAAAGAAGAAAAAGACAUGGGCCAUGAACUUGUUGUAGAUGACGCCAGUGAAGAACCGACGUCACCACACAACGGCGCUCCGUCGCCAAGAGAGAAUGGUCUCGACAAAUUACAGCCUAAGAAAGAACAUCCACCACAUAGUCCAAGGUCGGGUACGUCAAGUAACGCCUCAACUCCUUCAGCGAAGAAGCUGGACGAAAAACCUAGCACUCCAAUUUCAAAACCUGUUACCCCUACGUCCGGUGCAAGUGGGGCGGGUCCUGCGGGAGCACCACUUAAAGCUGCAGUGAAACCUCCAGCACUUCAAUAUCCUUACUUAGGCAACGGGGCACAUGAUGCUUACGGUCUGGCCGGGUAUUCAGCGCGAGCGGCGUUAGCGUACGAACCGUUACGUCCACCUAUCGGGCCUGCUGCGCUUGCGCCAAUACCUGGAGGCAAACCUGCGUACUCAUUCCACGUGUCGGCGGAGGGUCAGAUGCAGCCGGUGCCGUUCCCGCCGGACGCGCUGAUGGGUCCGGGUAUACCGCGUCACGCGCGCCAGGUGUCCGCCCUGGCGCACGGCGAGGUGGUCUGCGCGGUCACAGUCUCCUCGCCCACCAAAUACGUCUACACCGGCGGGAAGGGAUGCGUCAAGGUGUGGGACAUCAGCCAGCCGAGCAAGGCGCCCGUCAGUCAGCUCGACUGCUUGCAACGCGACAACUACAUUAGAUCGGUGAAACUCCUACCUGAUGGCCGUACAUUGAUCGUCGGAGGUGAAGCAUCAAAUUUAUCAAUAUGGGAUCUGGCGUCGCCCACGCCACGGAUCAAAGCCGAACUCACGUCCUCUGCGCCCGCGUGUUACGCACUGGCUAUUAGUCCUGACUCAAAGGUUUGCUUCAGUUGUUGUUCUGACGGCAACAUCGCAGUAUGGGACCUUCACAACCAGACGCUGGUGAGACAGUUCCAGGGCCACACGGACGGUGCCUCUUGCAUCGACAUAUCUGCCGACGGCACAAAACUGUGGACCGGUGGAUUAGACAAUACUGUUCGAUCUUGGGAUUUGAGAGAAGGCAGACAAUUACAACAACAUGAUUUCAGUUCCCAAAUAUUCUCUUUAGGCUACUGCCCCACUGGCGAGUGGUUAGCGGUAGGUAUGGAGAACUCAAACGUGGAGGUGUUGCACGCGGUGAAGCCGGACAAGUAUCAGUUGCACCUGCACGAGUCGUGCGUGCUCUCGUUACGGUUCGCUUCAUGCGGCAAAUGGUUCGUCUCCACUGGCAAGGAUAAUCUGCUUAACGCUUGGCGCACGCCAUACGGCGCCAGUAUAUUCCAGUCAAAAGAAUCAUCAUCGGUGCUCAGUUGUGACAUCUCAUCGGACGACAAGUACAUUGUGACGGGCUCCGGCGACAAGAAGGCCACAGUUUAUGAGGUGAUCUACUAGUGCGAUACAAACGGACAAUCAUACGAACAAACUAGAUCAAGUGUACCGAGUGAGUGAGAACGUUCCGCGAACGUACAGUGGCAAGUGGUGAUAUAGCUUUAGUGUAUGUAUAGAUUAUAUUGGGAACCUGUAUGUACUUAUGCGACUUGUUUAUAUAGAUUAGUGUGCGCGUUUUAUGUUUAUUUGUUGAGCGCCCGUAGUGUAUGUUGGCAGCAGAUCUCAAACUGACGAUUUCGUUUCAAUAUUGUUGUAAAAUGCUCGUAUUAAAGAAAAAUAUGCGCAAAUUAUAUUUGGUUUUGUUUCAUUUUAUUAUUAUCUUGAUAUCUUUCAAUUUCAUUCUCAUUUCAUUCAUCACAAC